AUGAGCACACACACUCAAACGGAGACCAUCGUGCUCCAAACAGUCAGCGAACCCCAAAAUGAAACCCAAGAGCAAAGUCCCCCAGAAAUCAAAUGGAAAUAUCCCAAGAUUCUCAGCGCAGGACUGUCCUUCUUCGUGGCGGGCAUCAACGACGGAAGUCUAGGAUCAAUACUUCCCUACGUGAUCCGCGCCUAUGGCAUCAACACUGACAUGGUAGCUGUAUUAUACGGCACAACCUUCUUCGGCUGGCUCAUAGCAGCCCUAACAAACAGCACAAUAACCCAACACCUCGACCUAGGCCCAAUCCUCUGUCUAGGAGCCAGCAUACAAAUCCUAGCCCACAUCCUUAGAGUCUGGCAACCGCCAUUCGCGCUCUUCGUGGUAACAUUCUUCCUAGCCAGCCUGGGCCAAGCAUACAAUGAUACCCACGCCAAUACAUUCGUCGCUGCAUUACCCGGUGCGCACCGCUACCUUGGCUUCAUCCAUGCCAUGUACAUGGCCGGGUGUUUAGUUGGGCCGUUUGUGGCAACGGGUGUUGCGUCCGCGAACGCUGACUCGAAGUGGUUCCUUUUCUAUGCGUUCCCGCUGGGGAUUGGCGUUGCGAAUCUUGGGCUUGUUGCUGUCUCGUUCUGGGAUCGGAUGAUUUCUGCUUUCUCUUUGGUUUCUGGUUCUGGUUCUGGUGCGAGGGGGACGAGGAGGGGCAGUAAUGCUGGUGGAGGGGGGUUGAGGGAGAUCAAGGAUACGCUUUCGAUUUCUGGGGUUUGGUUGUUGAGUUUGUUUUUCUUUUUCUUUUUGGGGGCUGCGAUUACUGCUGGGGGCUGGAUGGUCGAGUACCUCGUCAAUGUCCGCGAUGGCGAUGUCAAGCAGAUGGGUUAUGUUCCUGCUGGCUUUUAUGGAGGUGGAUUCCUUGGACGACUUCUUUUGGCAGAGCCUACACAUCGGUUUGGGGAGCGGCGGAUGAUCUUCAUUUAUGCUGUGCUCUCCUUGGGAUUACAGUUGGUAUUCUGGCUGGUUCCGAAUAUCAUCACCGAAGCAGUCGCCGUCAGCUUACUCGGUUUCUUCAUGGGUCCCUUCUUUGCAACGGGUAUAUCUAUAGGCACAAAGAUCUUUCCACCGGAACUCCGAUCUUCCGCAAUUGCAUUCGUCUUCGUCUUCGGCCAAAUUGGAGGCUCUAUUUUCCCGGCUUUGACGGGUAUCAUUGCUGCUAGGGUUGGUGUGCAGGUGUUGCAGCCUAUGCUUGUUGGGUUGAUUGCUGCCUCGGGACUGAGCUGGUUGAUUCUGCCAAAGGAUGCCCCGUUGCAUCGGGAUUAG